AUGCCUCGGGUGGCGCCGCUCCUGCUGCUGCUGCUGGCGGCGCCGCUGCUGGCGGCGGGGAGCGACCCGGAACCCUCCCGCCGCCGAGCCGAGCUGCGGGGCCUGGCCCGGGGCAAGGUGGAGACCUGCGGCGGGUGACGGCUGAACCGCCUGAGGGAGGUGAAGGCUUUCGUCACCCAGGACAUCCCCCUCUACCAUAACCUGGAGUUGAAACACCUGCCCGGUGCUGACCCCGAGCUUGUGCUCCUCAGCUACCGAUACGAGGAGCUGGAGAGAAUCCCCCUGAGCGACAUGACCCGGGACGAGAUCAAUCAGCUGGUGCAGGAGCUGGGCUUCUACCGCAAGGAGGCGCCCGACGCCCCUGUGCCUGAGGAGUUCCAGUUUGCCCCUGCCAGGCCUCUGCCUACCCUCCUGUCUGCCCCAGCCCCUGGCGCUGACAGCAGGACCCCACCUGAACAGGAGAAGGAAGAACACCCCGACCUGUAGCAAGGGGUGCUGCAGCCAGUACCCAGCACCUGGGAUAAAGGUGAGGGAGCAGCUGGGCACAGUGCUGCCAGGUGGCAAAGGUGCCCCCUCAGCUGUUGCUCAGUGCCAUGUAGCCUCUGCUCCAAAGAUGCUUUGAGCACCUCAAGCCUUGAGCAGGGGCUUCCCAGGCGUUGUGGACAUUCCAGGGGUCCUGUGUGCCUGUCAUGGCCCUCCCUCCCCUGCAGCCCAGCCUCCCUGGCUGGCUGAGAGGAGCAGGGCUCCUUGUGCUCCCUUGCCAUGCUUCGAGGUGUGGCUGAAUCCCAGUGCUGGGUGGCAGCUCCCUACCUGCAUGGGACAGGAUGAAGCACUCAGCAGAAAGCCCAAGGUGCUGAGAGUAGAUGUGCUAAGUCCAGGAGGUAGGAGAGCUGCUCCCAGGGAGGGGAUGGCUUCACAGCUUAGCAGGGUUGUCUCAUACCAACUCCCCA